AUGUCAACGAGACCCUACACGCCAGCUCUAUACACAUACGAGCGAUUGUCACAUCCACAACCUUGCCUUUCACCGAUACCAAAAGUUCGCAACAAGUCAAAUCAGCUGAUUACCAAACUUUUUCCGAUGUUUAUAUUCCGUAACGGAAAGUUCUCACUGAAAACGUAUCGCGACAUCUUUCAGAUAUUGACACUAUCGAGACAUAGAUCUCCCCUAAUCAAAGCGGACGAUCAUUUGUCAUCGGCGAGUGCAUCGGAUGCACUUCCGUCGGCGCGCACUGUACAGACGGCCUUCGACUUGCGUACCUGGACUAGUCUGCCAGCUGAGACCUCCGACGAACAUCUUCCUGCAAGAUAA